GUGGGCAGGCUGCUCCUCAGCACAACUCACCCCGAGGCCCCGCCAAGCCACCCCACCCCGGGGGAGCUCACCAUGUUGUUGUGGGUGCCACAGGCACUGCUGGUCUUGCUUCUACCCACGCUCCUGGCACAGGGAGAAGCCAGGCGCUGGAGGCAUCGCCAGCCCCAGAACGCCUCCAGGCCGGCUCUGCUGAGGCUGUCAGAUCACCUCCUGGCCAACUACGAGAAGGGCGUGCGGCCCGUGCGGGACUGGAGGAAGCCCACCACCGUGGCCAUCGACGUCAUUAUCUAUGCCAUCCUCAGCGUGGAUGAGAAGAACCAGGUUCUGACCACCUACAUCUGGUACCGGCAGUACUGGACAGAUGAGUUUCUCCAGUGGAACCCCGAGGACUUUGACAACAUCACCAAGCUGUCCAUCCCCACUGAGAGCAUCUGGGUCCCGGACAUUCUCAUCAAUGAGUUUGUGGACGUGGGGAAGUCUCCAAGCAUCCCGUACGUGUACGUUGGGCAUCACGGCGAGGUCCAGAACUACAAGCCCCUCCAGGUGAUGACCGCCUGUAGCCUCGACAUCUACAACUUUCCCUUCGAUGUGCAAAACUGCUCCCUGACCUUCACCAGCUGGCUGCACACCAUCCAGGACAUCAACAUCUCCCUGUGGCGCUUGCCGGAAAAGGUGAAGCUCGACAAGACCCUCUUCAUGAACCAGGGCGAGUGGGAGCUUCUGGGGGUGCUGACCCAGUUCCGGGAGUUCAGUAUGGAAGACAGCAACCAUUAUGCAGAAAUGAAGUUCUACGUGGUCAUCCGCCGGCGGCCCCUGUUCUAUGCGGUCAGCCUGCUGCUGCCCAGUAUCUUCCUCAUGCUCAUGGACAUCGUGGGCUUCUACCUGCCUCCAGACAGUGGCGAGAGGGUCUCCUUCAAGAUCACGCUCCUCCUGGGCUACUCGGUCUUCCUGAUCAUCGUGUCGGACACGCUGCCGGCCACCGCCAUUGGCACUCCCCUCAUUGGGGUCUACUUUGUCGUGUGCAUGGCGCUGCUGGUGAUGAGCUUGGCCGAGACCAUCUUCAUCGUGCGGCUGGUACACAAGCAGGACUUGCAGCAGCCCGUGCCCGCCUGGCUGCGGCGCCUGGUUCUGGGGCAGGUGGCCCUGCUCCUUUGCCUAGGCGAGCAGCCGGCUUCUCGAAGGUCCCCAGCCACCUCCCCAGCCCCCAAGACCGAUGACUGCCCAGACAUGGGAAGCCCCUGCAACCACUUGGGAGUCCCCCGGGACUUGGAGAAGACCCCGAGGGGCCAAGGCAGCCCGCCCCCACCCCCGCGGGAGGCCUCGCUGGCUGUGCGAGGGCUGUUGCAGGAGCUGGUCUCCAUCAGGCGCUUCCUGGAGAAAAGAGACGAGAGCCGAGAGGUGGCCCGGGAGUGGCUGCGCGUGGGCUCGGUGCUGGACAGGUUGCUCUUCCGAAUCUACCUGGUGGCAGUGCUGGCCUACAGCAUCACCCUCAUCAUUCUGUGGUCCAUCUGGCAGUACUCUUGAGUGGGCACCGCCCAGCAGGGGUGUGGGGGUGUCAGGCACUGGUUAGAAUGGGGAGGAGAGAAUUUCAGGGCCCAGAGGAUGCCACAGAUGUUUUCAAGACCCUGUCCAAAGCCAGUGUGUCUCAGAAACUAAGCCAGGGCUGUGACUCUUCCCCAGAAAGCUUGGCAUUCAAGACCCUUUAACCUCCCGCCUCCCCCCACCCCCCACCAACUUAUCAUGGCUUUAAAACAUGCUGUCUUAGAUCAGGACAAACCAAGGUAUUCCCUAACUUCAUUCUAUUGAUCUGUGCAUCAAGCCUUGGUUUCCCCCUUGUCACCUCCCUGCAUGUGGCACUUUGGACUUCUGCUCAUCUCCCUCAACUUUGGUUUUAGAUUCGAGGCAAACCAACUCGUUGCUACACAGGGCUGAUAACCCCAUUAGGUUUAUCCGACCCUAAUGUCUCCUUCUCCACCUCAC